CUAUAUUCUGAGUGGUACUGUUGCUACAGUAUGUGGUUUAGUUCUGGGAUUCCCAUAGAAAACCACAUAGCUACAGUACUUGCAAACAACCACUCAAAUGGAAUUGUAAAAAUAACAAAAUCUCUAGCGGUGCAGAAAUGACACGCUUUACCUUCAACUAAAUGAAAAACAUCAAUGUUAAGCCAUCAGCUGACUUUACAGGAGUUUUUCUGAACAUAUCAGACAGCAGUUUAAUGAGCCACAACCCCAGUGGAGUUAAACAUUGACAGCAGUCCGGAGUUGUUGUGUGUCUGAGUGUAUCAGUAACCCCUUCAGCUGUGUUUCCUCACUUAACAGGAUCCCUGACAGAAAUCCAAGCCUGCUGAGCAAACAUCAACACAGCUACGAGCUCCUCCUCCUUCUCUAGUGACACAAAACCAGACACAAAGCCUCGCCGGGGGGAUUGAUUUCAUAGGAACCAGCCCUGGAGUUCCCUCCCUCUCCUGAGCGAGAGGGCGGAGCCUGGGAACAGGUGAACACCUAUCAGCUCCCAUUCCAGCGGGAUGCCAAACCUCACAGUCAAAACCAGUCCUCACUCUUCAGGCUCCUGGAAUCAUGGCGAACGGCGCGCUGGAGAUCGUGGGAAUGUGUGUGAGCCUGAUCGGCUUCGUCGGGGUGGCGGCCAGCACCGGGAUGCCGAUGUGGCGUGUGACGGCAUUCAUCGGGGAGAACAUCAUCGUGAUGGAGACCCGGUUCGAGGGCUUGUGGAUGAACUGCUACCGGCAGGCCAGCAUCCGGAUGCAGUGUAAGGUGUACGACUCUUUGCUGGCUCUGUCCCCUGACCUCCAGGCUGCUCGGGGGCUCAUGUGCUGCUCCGUGGCAUUGACUGGGCUGGGUUUACUAAUUGCCAUCGCUGGGAUGCAGUGCACGGCAUGCAUCCAAGGAAACGACCGGGCCAAGCGGAUGGUUCUGAUCAUCUCUGGAUGCAUGAUCCUAUUGGGCUGCUUCUGCUGCCUCAUCCCUGUCUCCUGGACCGGACAUGUCAUCAUCCAGGACUUCUACAACCCGUUGCUCAUCGAUGCCCAGCGUAGAGAACUCGGGGAAGCGUUGUACAUCGGUUGGGUGUCUUCUGCUUUCUUAUUCGCUGGCGGGUGCAUAUUCACCUGCUGUAGUGGCUCCCUAGACGAGGGCCCGGAUCCCAGGUACAAGUACACCAGGAACGCACCCAUGGCUUAUCAGCCACAGCCCGUGACCUAUCACCCCCAACCGCACUUGGUGUACAGCCACCCGUCCGGGCCACCGUCAUUCAUAGAGCAGUCAUACCAGCCUUCCAGACAGCAGUCAUUCAUUCAUCCGUCCAGACAGCAGUCAUUCAUUGAUCCGUCCAGACAGCAGUCAUUCAUUGAUCCGUCCAGACAGCAGUCAUUCAUUCAUCCGUCCAGACAGCAGUCAUUCAUUGAUCCGUCCAGACAGCAGUCAUUCAUUCAUCCGUCCAGACAGCAGUCAUUCAUUGAUCCGUCCAGACAGCAGUCAUUCAUUCAUCCGUCCAGACAGCAGUCAUUCAUUGAUCCAUCUAGACAGCAGUCAUUCAUUCAUCCGUCCAGACAGCAGUCAUUCGUGCAGCCGUCCAGACAGCAGUCAUUCGUGCAGCCGUCCAGACAGCAGUCAUUCAUUGAUCCGUCCAGACAGCAGUCAUUCGUGCAGCCGUCCCGAUAUCCAUCCACCCGCAGCGCCGUCGAUUAUAUCUGAAAUCCAGCUGGAUGUUUCACUGGCCUGUGUAUUUGUGUUUGUUUGUUUUUGUGUGUUAGAGAAAGAUGGAAAGGAUGGACUUCUAACCAAAAGGUUAAAAAUAUAUAUAUUAGAACAAAUUUUAAUGUAAAUUAGACCUAAAAAAGUAGUAUUUUUUUUUUCAAAUAUCUAAAUAGGAUGGUAAAGAACUGACUUUUAAACAAAGCUUUUAAAAAUAAAAAUAAAAUAAAAAAAACAAGGGGAAAAGACUAUUUAAACAUAUCCUCUUUUUAUCACCGUUUCAUUCUUGGGAAUGUUUUUGACAGAAUUGUUAUACCAUUUGCACUGUAGCGUUUUAAAUGUCUAAGUAAGAGAAGAUGAGAAAUAGAAAGGACAGACCUCUAACCAGAGGUUUGACAAAUAGAAAAAAAGUUUUUUUUUUUAAAUUAAACAGAAAACUUUUAAUAUAAUUAUUGUUACUACUUUGGUUUAUUAUUUUGUAUUAUUUAAGUAGGAGUAUUUGUAGUAUUAAGCAGCUAUAUAUAUAUAUAUAUAUAUAUAUAUACCUAUAUAUGUAUAACGUUUUAAAUUGCUACAUUUUAACAGUUUUAAACAUAGCAUCUAGUUAUGCAUUUCAUUUUUUUUCUUCCCCAGUUCAUUCUUUGAAGUGUUUUUGACAACAUUAAAAUGUUGUUUCUACUUUGGCUUUAUAAAUAUCUUAGUAGGAUCAGAUAUGAGAUGGAAAGGACAGACUUCUAACCAAAGAAAAAACAACACUGAAAAAACUGUAACAUUUAAACAGUUUUAAUGCAACAAAGUAAGUCAUACAUUUCAUUUUUCCCCCCAUUAC